AUGCAAAGAUUAAAUUCAUUAGAAAAUAAUUCUAGAAAUUUUUAUGAAGAUACCUCAAAAAAUAUAUUAAAAAAUGAUACAGAUAAAAAUAUUAAUAUUCUUCCUUCCUUAAAUGAAAAUACCUUUUCCUCUUUUAAUUUUGAAAAGAUAGGAGAAAACGAUUAUUUUUUAACCAAUAAUCUUAAUGAUUCCGUUUAUGAUAAACCUGAGAAUAUUGUCUUUAAGAAAGAUUUUGAUAGAGAAAAGUUUGAAAAGAAAAAAAUUUUUUUAUUUAAUUUAUCAGAAGAACAAAAGGAAGAAGCAAAAAAUUUAAAAAUAAACAAAAUAUUACAAAAUGAAAUGUAUUUAAAAAAAAAUAAAGUUUUGAAAUACAUAAUUCAAAUAUUUCUAUCCGAUAUAUUAAAAGAAAAACCAGAUAAUAUAUAUGAAUAUACUGCUGACUAUUUUACACAACCAAACUUAAAACAAUAUAUAUUACAAAAAUUAAAACAGAUGUUAAAUAAAUCUUAA